ACAAGCGAUGAUGGUGCAGACAGUACCAGUAGGAGACAGGGAGCAGAAGUUGUUAGCAACAAACGAUGUGUUUAUUCAAGAAAGGAGAGUGUAGCAAAUGACUUCUUACAGGCUUUCACGCAGUCAUCCAGCGAGGACGCUUAGUUCGACGUAUCUGAGGUCAUCUAAGUGUCUGCAGCUUUUCUAGCUUGUAGGAGCUCCCUCACUGGCAAAGUGAGAGAGAAAGGAAGAUAAAGGGGCGAAUAAAGACUAGCAUUGAAAUGAGAGAACACAGACCAAGUUAGCACAGAUGGGUAGAUUGUGCGAUGACCGUUCGGAGAGACAGGGAAGGGGGCAUGUGUAAAAUAACAACACAUCACCGUCUUCUUUUUCCAAACACCAUGACCCACUGAGUAACGGAGGGAAGGCUCACAGACGCAUUCAGAUCAGAGGUGAUACAGUUCUACCUGUGCGUGGGGGGUUGCUGGCAGAGGCAUUUUAGCUAGCUUGCUACCUAGCUUGAUGCCUCAGUUUGGGUAGAUUGUCAACCAAUUUGCUAGUGGAUGAGCUCGCUACCAAGUAGGACGGCGGAAUGGGAAGUUUAUAGUUUUUGUUAUAUUGAGACUUGUGCCAUCCGCUAAUGUGUUAGCUGUUGAAUAUAUUCUUGGCUAACACUGGCUACCACUACUAAAGCUAAUGGAGUUAUAUGCCUUGUACAGCUAGCUAGAUGGGAAGCACGGGUUGCUUUGUUAGCUGACUAGCUGUCUAAUAGGUUAGCAAUAUUCGAGAUAGCUAAAACGGUCCCGCGCAGGAUAAAUAUUUAGUUGGAUUUUUAUUCAGGGCGAUUUGGGUCGUAAGCCUUAGCUCUGGGUAACGUUUGAGAAAAUCAAGAGCUCGUUGACAAAAGGACGAAAAGCCGAAGACGGAGAGUGGCUGGUGUUGGAAAUUUGGGAGGCACAUCUACAGUGGCAAACAUGAAGCCAGAUCGAGAUGCCUCAGAGGAGUUCUUCGAGUACGAGGCGGAGGAGUUCCUGGUGCUCCUGUCCCUGCUGGUUACCGAGGGCCGCACGCCGGAAUGUUCCGUGAAGGGCCGGGCAGAGGGGCUCCACUGCCCCCCGGCUCAGUCCGCCCUGCCCGUCCACUCCAAACACGAGUGCAGCGACAAGGUGGCGCAGUGCCGGCAGGCGAGGAGGACGCGCUCAGAGGUCAUGCUCCUCUGGAGGAACAACAUCCCCAUCAUGAUCGAGGUGAUGCUGCUCCCUGACUGCUGCUACAGCGAUGAGGGUCCCACCACGGAGGGAAAUGACAUCACCGACCCCGCCCUCAAACAGGACGCCCUGCUGCUGGAGAGAUGGACCCUGCAGCCUGUUCCCAGGCAAAGCGGAGAUCGGUUCAUCGAGGAGAAGACCUUGCUGUUAGCGGUGCGCUCCUACGUGUUCUUCUCCCAGCUCAGCGCCUGGCUGAGUGCAUCACAUGGCAUCGUUCCCAGGAACAUCCUGUACAGAAUCAGUGCGGCCGACGAGGAGCUGCUGUGGGACUUCUCCCAGCCGCCCGCCGAGCAUGCCUUCCCCGUGCCGAACGUCUCCCACUGCGUGGCCCUGAACGUCCGCGUCCAGUCGCUUCCCCGCCAGCCCAACUACCCAGCCCUCAAGUGUAGCAUCCACACCAGCCUGUCUUUCUAUGAGAAGAAGACCUACGAGCGGGAGAAGCCCAGACAGGGGCACGGCAUCGGCAACAGCGACCGCCACGAGGCGUUGUCCCGUCUCGCCCGGUCCCCUCCUCCGCACGCCGUGACCCGUUCACGGCAGUACCCCCACCUGGAGGACCUGCCUUCCGGCAAAGCAGUGAAAUGGCUGUACUCCAGACUCCACGGCUCCCCUGACCUGAGGCCAGGAGAGGGCUACGGGCCAUCGGUUAACAGUGCGGAAGGCUACAAGAUGCCUGCUCCGGAGGAGACCGCCCGAGCCUCCAAGUCUCCCUCCCUGCUCGACCCGCUGGCUCCUCCCAGGCCUGGUGGGAGGCCGCCGCUGAGGGAGACCAACCCCUUGAUCGGCUCCCUGCUCCAGGAGAGGCAGGAGGUCAUCGCCCGCAUCGCCCAGCAUUUGAACUACUGUGACCCCACCGCCCCCCACAUCCCCGACAGCUUGUUCGCCAGCCCUGAGACGCAGGGCCUGAAGUCCCUCUGGCGUCCCCGCGAGGACGACGACCUGUUCAGGAAGAGCAAGGAGUCGUGUGGUUCAGGCCAAGCCCCCUGUCAGGACCCCUCACAAAGCACUGCGCGCGAAGGGAGGAGCCGGUCUUCCCCCUUGGACACGCCCCAGGGCUUUGCUGGCAAAGCCAGGAUGGACGACGAGCCGAGAACUUCCCCCAAACCGGCUGCCUGCAGGAAGCUGCUGCUCCUGGACCCUACGGAAGCUUCUAGAAUAUCGGAGGCCGUGCAGGACAUUUCUCGACUGAUCCAGGACACUUUGCAGCAGUCCCACAACCGGUGUACCAGCCUCCUGCACUGCACACACAAGAACCACAAAGAGGGCGCCGCAAACGCCCCAAAUAUAGGCGAGAGUGGCCAGAAGGGCGCCUCUCCGGACGCCCUUCCAGACAACAUCACCAACUCACACGUUUGCACAGACUCCACGAGUAGCAGAAUUAACGUCACCAACGGCACACGGCAAGACUGCCCCCACACAUCUCAGGACCCCACCUGCGUAAAACUAAAACUUGAAGACCCGCCGACAAACUUGGAGCGGAAAACGAUUCACGGUUUACAGAAUGCCAAGAGGGGCCCCGGUUCCUCAACGAGCAGCGAGGCGUGCGCCCGGCGGCCCGAACGCAGUCAGGAGCAGUCAGCCUGCUCCUCUCCGAAAAACACUGUCGCCUUCUCUCGCGGCCGUGAGAAGUCCGAUACGCAGGGUGCCGGUCGUUGGCGGGAUGAGAACAAGGACCCUUCUGGAACCUUCAGCCGGGAGCGGGUGGACCACACUGAAGGGGUGCAGAACGGGGACGUCCUGAGACCAAACAGCCAGUCUCCCUUGAAACCUUGCAAUAUUUGGAAAAGGCAGAAUCGCCACUCCCUGGACGGGACUGCGAUAAAAGCCUUCCACCCCCGCACCGGACUACCUCUCCUCUCCAGCCCUGUUCCUCAACGAAGAACGCAGACUGGCUACUUUGAUUUAGACACAUCUCUAAUUCGCUGCAAUGGCUUACCAUGGGCUACCAACAGAAGAGUGUGCUUGAACAGAGACGGCCACACGGAUGAGCCCGCCCCACCGCUCUUCAGCACAAGCGCUCCCCCUGCUAGCCUCAGCCUUCUGGGGAACUUUGAGGAGUGUGUGUUGAACUAUCGCCUGGAGCCGCUGGGAACGAUCGAGGGCUUCAGUGCAGAGGUGGGCGCCAGUGGCACCUUCUGCCCCAGUCACACGACCCUCCCAGUGGACGUGUCAUUCUACAGCGUCUCCGAUGACAACGCACCUUCCCCAUACAUGGGGGUAAUAAACUUGGAGUCCCUUGGUAAAAGGGGUUAUCGAGUCCCUUCUUCAGGAACAAUUCAAGUGACCUUAUUCAAUCCCAACAAGACGGUGGUGAAGAUGUUUGUGGUGGUCUAUGAUCUGAGAGAGAUGCCUGCCAGUCACCAAACAUUCCUCAGACAGAGGACCUUCUCUGUCCCUGUGAAACGGGAAACCAACGGACAUGUUAGCAGGAAGGCCCACUCCCUGAGGCAGGAGCGGACCUUGCGUUACCUCAUUCAUCUGAGGUUCCAGAGCUCAAAAUCUGGAAAGAUCUACCUCCACAGGGACAUCCGACUCCUGUUCUCACGUAAAUCGAUGGAAGUGGACAGUGGUGCUGCCUACGAGCUCAAGGCGUUUACAGAGUCCCCAGCCGAUCCCCCGUUCUCUCCAAGAUCCUAGCCCUGAGCAGUACAGUCUAUGGACCUUAAAUUUAACGAAAACCUUGACCCACAUAUUUGCACAUGAGCACGCAUACAGUAAAUGUGUAUGUGUGUGUAAGCCAGUUGGAAAUAGUUGUUGGCUAUUGGAAUGACCCUGAUGUCGUUUAAUGGAAAAAGAUUGAAUUGAUGGUUUGGUUUGCAUAAUUUCUGAUCAGGCUGAUUAAAUCAAGUUUGAUUACCAACCAAAUCUAAAUAUUUUCUUCUGAGGAGCUGCAGAAAAAUGCAACUAACCAUGAGCCACUUUGAUGGAAAAUAAACAAUCAAGUGAGACUAAGAUAAGAUGACAUGAAAAGAGCACUGUGUAUUUCCACAAUAACUGGAAAUAAGAUUAGUCAUAUUCAAAUCUCAUGUUUUUUGUACUGUUACUGAACCACUUUGCUGGAAGUGUUGCAAUAGAAAGAAAAAUACAUUAGUAGCUUAGUGUUUACAUGUUUACUUUGUUGGUUAUUUAAUAUUUAAAAUAUUUCAUUUACUGCACAUGUUAUGUCUGUUAUUCUAAGCAUUAUGAUGUAGUGACAAACUGUGUAAAUCAUACUAUGUAUUUUUGACAUUAAUAUUGAGAUCUGAAAUAUAUAUUAAAACAAUGUUUAAAAGUGUA